UGGGAGACGACCGGGAGUUUUUUUUCGCGCACAGGUGGCGUCAGGGAUCAACACUGCAGAUGCACCUUGUCUUACCUGCUUACCUGGCCGUAACACUCACCUGACAGGCAGACACACGGACUCACCAUGUCACUCCGAACCCUCCCGCUCCUCUUCAUCAACCUGGGCGGAGAGAUGAUGUACAUCUUGGACCAGAGACUGCGGGCGCAGAACAUUCCACCGGACAAAGCCAGGAAAGUUCUUCACGACAUUGUGGGAACCAUGUUCAACCGGCGCUUCAUGGACGAACUGUUCAAGCCGCAGGAGGCGUACAGUAAGAAGGCCAUGCGGACGGUGUUCGACCGACUCGCUCACGCGUCCAUCAUGAGGCUUAACUCGGCCAGCAUGGAUAAGUUGUAUGACUUGAUGACCAUGGCCUUCAAGUACCAAGUGUCGCUGUGUCUGCGACCUUCAGACAUCAUGCUGGUGACCUUGAACCACAUGGACGCCCUGAGAACCUUCGUGGAGGAGGCACCAGCCAUCAAGGCACAGGUGGACAACGUCUUCAGACUACUCAUCACUAACUACGGUGAGCUGUCACAGGGAGAGUUCCACCUGAUUCGACAGACUCUACUGGGAUUCUUUCAGGACAUGCAUAUCAGGGUGUCCAUAUUUCUGAAGGACAAGGUUCAGAAUACCAACGGGCGCUUUGUCCUGCCGUGCAGUGGCCCACUUCCCUUCGGCGCUGAAAUUCCUGGCACAAUAAGAUUGUACAAUGCAGACGGAAACAUGAGCAAAAGUGUGAACUUCCCCAGUGGAGGAACCUACAGUGGGCCUGUCAAGGAAGGAUCCAUAGAGAUCAGGGGAGAUAGAGUCACCAAACUAGGAACCAACAUGUACAGUUUAUCCAGACCAGUGGAGGCCAGUCUACCUACAAGCAAGGUGACAGCAGCACCAUCAGAUCUGGAGAGUAACAACCCUGACCCUGUAGCAAAAGCAGAACUGAACCUACUGGCACAUCUCAUGGGGGGCAUCAAGGAAUCCAAGUCAGGACAGUCCAGCGAGUUUAGACUCAACCUCUUCAGUACUGAUGAAGAAGAAGAACAAGCAGCUGCAAUGAGACCACCAGACGAGUCCUACAACGUAGUCAACAUUGAUGCAUCUAAGAAGCAACAAAGUGAAGAGCUAAACAAGAUUAUGGGUGAUUUCCACAUCGAGUCCUCCGCUGACCCAAAUGCCGAGGAUGACCUUCUACAACUGAUGGACAGUGCAUAUUAACCCUCAUGUCCCUACUGGUGCUGUCACGCAUCUCACAUCGGAACUGGUACAUCAAUAUGGAGUCUCUACAAAGUCCCAUCAUUAUGAAGCAAGUUUAAACUGCGAUUUCCAACACCACAAAUUGGACUC